AUGCGCUUCGAAAUUGCGCUGGUUCUGCUUGCUUGUUUGCAGUUUGUUUCUGCGCAUCUCACCGCCAACGAGACUUCAGCGUACCUCCAACUCAAGAAUGACCGGUUGUUUGUUUCUGUGAACAAGACCACUGGCGGCAUCGACACACUUGUGCUCGAUGGACAAGACUUGCUUGGAUCAGCAGCCUAUAUUCCAUACUCCCCCGGAGGCUCCUCAGGCAACGGGCGGUACGGUGUUGGCCCGUAUCUCGAUUGCUAUUGCAUCCCAGCAAGCGGUCCUUCAAGUACUGGAUCAGGCUCGUACACACCUGGUUCCCUUGACCCAACGUAUCAACUCUUUCACGGUGUGGACACUCACAAUGUUUCCUACGGUGGUGUCGUGAUGAGCGAGGUGUAUCCACCAACCGGCCAGCUACUGCAGCAGUAUUGGUUCCUCCGCGAUGGGGAGACUGGCUUGCACACCUUUAGUCGAAUUGCGUACCACAAUUCUACUACACCGUUUCUGCGCAAUCUACAGGAGUUCCGGACGCUUUUUCGACCCAGUACAGAACUCUGGACCGACUUGGUUACCGACAAUGAGCUUGCCUCGCCCAUGCCGAUCCCCAAUCCCGCCUCUGGCAACUUGACCAACUCGACGACUGUCCAGGACGCAACGUGGUACAUCGGCAACCGCACAGCUGACCCGUACGCGGAGGAGUUUGCAGACUACUUCACCAAAUACACAUUUGCGGCAGAGUGGCGCGAUCAGACCGUGCAUGGCUUGUUCGGAGAUGGUUCGCAGAGUAAGGACAACGCCACAUUUGGCGCCUGGCUGGUUAUGAAUACGAAAGAUACCUACUAUGGUGGGCCCACACACUCGGAUCUCGUGGUUGACGGGAUCCUCUACAAUUACAUGGUCUCGAAUCACCACGGCGCAGGCACGCCCAACAUCACCGACGGAUUUGACCGGACGUUUGGACCUCAGUACUAUCACUUCAACAAGGGACCCGCUGGAAGCUCGUGGAGAACACUGCGUGACGAAGCCGUCCAGUAUGCUUCCCCGUCUUGGAAUGCCGACUUCUAUGACAGUAUUGCGGACCACAUACCGAACUACGUCCCCACUGUACAAAGAGGAGCGUGGAAGGCCAAGGUCAAACUACCCAAGGGUGCCAAGAGAGCUAUCGCAGUGCUUGCACAGAACGGUGUAGACUACCAGGACAACGUGAUUGAUCCACUUGCUUACCAAUACUGGGCCGACAUUGGCAGUGAUGGCAAAGUGGGGAUCGAACGUGUGAAAGCGGGCACUUACCGGUUGACCGUGUAUGCAGAUGGCAUCUUUGGUGAGCUGGUCAAGGAUAACGUAGUCGUCAAAGCCAAGAAGACGACAGAUGCUGGCACACUGAAAUGGGAAGCCGAGUCUGCAGGAACCGAGCUCUGGCGCAUCGGUACCCCAGACAAAGCGGGUGGAGAAUGGCGACAUGGCCAUGUGCCAGCUAAAACCCCACUCCACCCUCCGGAAUACCGUAUCUACUGGGGCGCGUAUGACUAUCUCUCCGACUUCCCCAAUGGCGUCAACUACCACGUCGGUAGGAGCGAUACGUACAAGGAUUUCAAUUACGUCCACUGGUCUGUUUUUGGAGGAUAUGCAAAUACUCAAAGACCGCAACAAACGGCCGGCCACGGCGAAAUCAACAACUGGACAAUCACAUUCGAUGUAGAUGAGCAUAAACUAGCGCACAAGAAGAACGCAACCUUCACGAUCCAGCUAGCCGGGGCCAAAACAGCCGCUGGAAACAGCGACACAUUCAACGCCACGCAGCCGUGGAACAACAUCCCUUUCGUCGUCGUCGUGAACGGACACGAACUAGAGCCGUGGAUCAUCCCGUACAACCAAUCCUCCUCCUGUGCAACUCGAAGUGCCAUUGCUUGCUACACGCUGAGCCACAAGUUCUUGUUCCCGACAAGCUAUCUGGCCAGCAACGGAACUAAUGAGAUUGUGUUGAGCCUGCCGUACAACGCUACGGACUACGAGAGUGCGGUGCUGCCGAGGAGUAUAUACGUGCAGUACGAUGCGCUUAGGUUGGAGGUUAAGUAG